AGGAAAGCUCCGUCCCACUUGAAAAGAGGCUGUCCUUCAAGAAGCUCCCAUCUGCAGACUGAGCUUCAAGCAGUCAACUAGAGAAGUCUUCUCUCAGCACCCAGUAGGAGCUUCGCCGGUUUUCUGAAGGGGGCAUCUCCGCAAACUCAUAGUUCUCUAUUACAUUUUCAAGCUAAUCAGAUUUAUUCAUGUUCUGUUGACCCCCUGCUUGAAAAUGAAGAUAAGGCUAUCGGUGGCUACAGCCGCCCUCCUCGUAUUGCUCUUGAAUUCAGUAGAGGCACAAGUGGAGCCUCCCUCAGACUUGAAAUUUAAAAUCCUAAAUGAGAACACUGUGGAGAUGACAUGGAGACACCCUACAUCACAGAUACAUGGUUACAGAAUACUAGUAGAUUCAGACACAGAUGAACCAUCCAAAGAUUUUAGCCUUCCUGCCUCAGCUUCGAUUAUAUCUAUCACUGACCUGACUCCAGACUUAGACUACUCAGUCUCAAUCAACUCUUAUGUUGGGACAGAGGAGAGUAUACCCAUUUUUGGCCAACUGACAAUUCAGUCAAGUAACACAAGUGGAACUCCAAGGAAGCCGUCAGAUGCAGUUAAGUGCUCAGUCAGUGCGAUAGCAGAUCUUGUUUUCCUUGUGGAUGGUUCAUGGAGUGUUGGGCGGGAUAACUUUAAGUACAUCCGAAGCUUCAUCAGUGCCAUGGCUGGUGCUUUCGACAUCGAUGAGGAUAAGACCAGGGUGGGAAUUGUGCAGUACAGCACCGACACCCGCACUGAGUUCAGCCUGAAGCAGCACUUCAAGCGUGGAGACCUUCUGAGAGCCAUCAAAAAUCUGCCAUACAAAGGUGGCAACACAAUGACAGGUGAUGCAUUAGAUUUUCUGGUGAAAAAUUCCUUCACUGAGGCAGCUGGAUCAAGAAAAGGCUUCCCCAAAGUAGCCAUGGUCAUCACAGAUGGCAAAUCCCAGGACCCAGUUGAUGAGUUUGCUAAGAGACUGAGAAAUACUGGAGUUGAGAUCUUUGUUUUGGGCAUCAAGGGAGCCGACGAGGAUGAGCUGAAGGAGAUGGCUUCCACUCCUCAUAGCAACCAUGUCUACAAUGUGGCCAACUUUGACCUGAUCAAAGAUGUCCAGCGACAGCUCAUCACUGAAGUCUGUUCAGGGGUGGAAGAUCAGCUAAGUUCGCUCAUGACUGGAGAGGAACUUAUUGAACCAGCGUCAAACUUGGAAGUCACUGAAAUCUCUUCCAAGUCCAUGCGGGUGACGUGGGACCCAUCCCCUGGUGCCACAGUCACAGGCUACAAGCUCCAGCUCACCCCCAUGAUGGCAGGCAGUAAGAGGCAGGAGCUCUACACAGGACCCACGUACACAUCGGUCAAUGUGCGGGACCUGUCACCGGAGACAGAGUACGAGAUCAGCCUGUUUGCACUGAAGGGCUUGAGCCCCAGCGAGCCUGUCAUGGCCAUGGAGAAGACACAGCCUGUCAAAAUCUCCCUUGACUGUUCUCUUGGAGUUGAUGUGCAGGCAGAUUUGGUCCUUCUGGUGGAUGGAUCUUACAGCAUAGGACUGGCUAACUUUGCCAAAGUCAGAGGUUUCCUUGAAGUUCUAGUCAACUCCUUUGAUAUUGGUCCCAACAAGGUCCAGAUCAGCUUGGUCCAGUACAGCAGGGACCCACACACUGAGUUUUAUCUCAACAAGCACCAUGACAUUGCAUCAAUGGUGAAGGCUGUGAAGACAUUCCCCUAUCGAGGCGGUUCCACCAACACUGGGAAGGCCAUGGCCUACGUGCGGGAGAAGAUCUUUUUAACAAACCGGGGGGCCCGUGCUAAUGUUCCACGAGUCAUGGUCCUCAUCACGGAUGGAAAGUCCUCAGACUCCUUCAAAGCCUCAGCCACAAACCUACGCAAUUCGGAUGUGGAGAUCUUUGCUGUGGGUGUUAAAGAUGCUGUGCGUUCUGAGCUGGAGGCCAUUGCCAAUCAUCCAGCCGAUACACACGUCUACGAGGUGGAGGACUUCGAUGCCUUUGAGAGAAUCUCUAAGGAGCUCACACAGUCCAUCUGCCUCAGGAUUGAGCAGGAGCUGCUAAACAUCAAGAAAAAAAGCCUUGUGACUCCUAGGGAUCUGCAGUUUUCUGAGGUUACCUCCAGGAGCUUCCGUACCACCUGGGUCUCAGACUCUGCAGAUGUCUCGUCUUUCCUGGUGCGCUUCCGGCCUGCCGCCGACACCACUGGGGACUACAUUUCCUUGGUAGUGCCAGGGGACACCACCACAGCCAUCCUGCCUUACCUCAUCCCACUGACCACAUAUGAAGUCAAUGUCAUUGCUCAGUAUGACAAGGGAGACAGCUUUCCUCUCACGGGCGAGGAGACUACACUAGAAGAACAAGGAACUGUCCGAGAUCUCAGGGUGACAGAGGAGACAACCAGUAGCUUCAGAGUGUCAUGGCAAGCAGCUCCUGGAUCUGUGCUGAGGUAUCGGCUGUUCUACUACGCCACUUCGGGCUCUGGGGAGCGACUGGAGGCUGAAACAGAUGGUAAAACAACCACCAUUGUGCUGCAGGAGCUGUUUCCCAUCACCACCUACCGUGUCUCAGUAAUUGCCGAGUAUGCAUCUGGCCUGGGACAAACCAUGGAAAUUGACGGCACCACCAAAGAAGCUACCGGUUCUCCACGUAAUCUGCGGGUGUUUGACGAGACCAUCUCCACCAUGCGGCUCUCGUGGGAGGCGGCCCCUGGGAGCGUGGUCCAGUACAGAGUGGCUUACAAGGCAGCGGAGGGCAUGGGAGAGAGGAAAGAAGUGGGAGUGAAGGGUGACACCACCACACUGCAACUGAAGAAUCUGGACCCGGCCACCGAGUACGAACUGUUUGUGAGCGCACGAUACUCCUCUGGACUUGGCAACCCCCUUUUGGGCAAAGGCACCACUUUGGAAGAACUUGGCUCCCCGAAGGACCUGGUCACGAAAGACGUCACAGACACCAGCUUCGCUGUCUCCUGGACAGCGGCCCUUGGCAACGUGCGGCGCUACCGGGUCACCUGGAAAUCCCUUUUCACUGAUGAGGCGGGUGAGAAGACGGUCCCCGGAGAUGUGACCACCACGGUGCUAGACGGUCUCACGCCAGAGACCCGCUACAUGGUUUCUGUCUACGCAGCUUAUGGCCACGGAGAGGGGGAGCCUCUGGUGGGAGAGGAGACCACAGAUGUGUCCGCCGCUGCCAAGGUGCUGAGCGUCUCGGAGGAAGCGGAGAAGAGCAUGCGGGUGACGUGGCAGCCAGCCCCAGGCAAUGUUGUCAACUAUCGGUUGACGUACAAGCCGCAGGUCGGAGGCCGGCAGCUGGCCACCAAGACGGCAGGGGGCACCACCACCACCGUCCUCAGACGCCUGCAGCCCAUGACCACCUACGACAUCGUAGUGGUGCCUGUCUACAGGCAAGGAGAAGGAAAAGCAAGGCAAGGAGUAGGAACGACACUGUCACCAUACAAAGCUCCUAGAAACCUGCAGACAUCUGAGCCCUCCAGGACCAGUUUCAGGGUGACUUGGGACGCGGCCCCAGGGGAUGUGAAAGGGUAUAGAGUGACCUUCCAUCCCAUUGGUGAUGAUAUAGACCUGGGAGAGCUUCUUGUAGGACCAUAUGACAACACAGUGGUUCUGGAGGAACUGAGGGCUGGAACCAAAUACAAUGUAAGUGUCAUUGGCAUGUUUGAAGGAGGGCAGAGCAUGCCAUUGGCUGGAGAGGAGAAGACCACUCUCUCUGACUCACCUGAGGUACCCUUUUACGCCCCAGAUGUGACAUGCAAGACCAAAGCCCAGGCGGAUCUAAUCCUGUUGGUGGAUGGUUCUUGGAGUAUUGGGCGCCUGAACUUUAAAACCAUCCGUGCCUUCAUUGCUCGCAUGGUUGGCGUGUUUGACAUUGGCCCAGACCGUGUCCAGAUUGGUCUGAUUCAGUACAGUGGAGACCCAAAGACUGAAUGGCACCUGAACACACACAAGACCCGAACUGAGCUUUUGGAUGCUGUGGCUAACUUGCCAUACAAGGGAGGCAACACUCUGACAGGCUUGGCUUUGAACUACAUUCUCCAGAACAAUUUCAAAGCCAAUGUUGGAAUGCGUGAAAAAGCUCGUAAAAUUGGAGUGCUGGUGACUGACGGCAAGUCACAGGAUGAUAUUAUAGUCAACUCUCAGAACCUGCGUGAUCAGGGCAUUGAGUUGUAUGCUGUUGGUGUGAAGAAUGCUGAUGAGAAUGAGCUGAGGUCCAUUGCAUCGGAUCCUGAUGAGAUCCACAUGUACAAUGUGAAUGACUUCUCCUUCUUGCUGGACAUCGUCGAUGACCUUACCGUCAAUCUUUGCAACAGCGUGAAAGGCCCAGGAGGUGGGCUGGCGGGGCCUACUGACCUGGUGACCUCGGAGGUGACACACUACUCCUUCCGCGCAACCUGGACUGCCCCCGAUGGCCCCGUGGAGAAGUACCGUGUGGAGUACAUGACUGUAGCUGGAACACAAGCUCAACAGGUGUUUGUGGAUGGUACCAUGACCACACUUGUUCUUGAGGGCCUGGACCCACUGACUGAGUAUUUGGUCGGUGUCUACGCCGUGGUCGGGGAGGAGAGCAGUGAACCUCUGAAGGGCUCUGAGACCACUCUGCCUCUUAAUGCGGUGCGGAAAAUGAGUGUCUACGACCAGCGCGCCACCACCAUGAGGGUGAAGUGGGAGGCUGCCCCCGGAGCCUCAGGAUACAUGCUGCUGUACAGCGCCCUGAACGCCAGCAGACCAACACGCGAGGCAGAGAUACGGACAAAAAAGACGGACAUCCAGCUGAAGAAGCUGAUCCCCAACACGGCCUACACACUGUCCGUCUUCGCCCUGCACGGCGAAUCUGCCAGCGACCCGCUGACAGAUCAGGGUGUAACUCUGCCCAUGCCCCCCUCUGGAGAGCUGAGGAUCACAGACGUCACUCACAGCGCCAUGCUCCUGAACUGGGACGCGGCCCCUGGACCCGUGCGCAAGUACAUCAUCACCUACAAGGCCGAGGACUCUGACGCUAAAGAGCUUGAAGUUGGAGGAGAUGUGACAACAAGAGUGCUGGACAACCUCAUCUCCCAAACAGAAUAUGAUGUUGCGGUUACUCCAGUGUACGACUCAAGAACUGGCAGCCCCAUGCUAAACCAAGCCAUCACUGAUGUUGUCCCUGCACCUAAAGACCUCCGGUUCUCUGAGGUGACCCAGACCAGUUUCAGGGUCCACUGGGAACAUGGAGCCCCUGAUGUUGCUCUGUACCGCAUUGCGUGGAAAAAGCAAGGCGAGCAGGACUUCCAACAAGACAUCUUGAAUGCUGACGACACCACCACAGUGCUGGAGCUCCUGGAGCCUGACACCCCGUAUGAUGUGUCUGUCACUGCCAUCUACCCAGACGAGUCGGAGAGCGAGGACCUGCUGGGCAGGCAGCGAACCCUGCCCAAGAUCAUCAUUACCCCAGCCCCCACUGGACCACCUACAAACCUGCUGGUAUCCAAUGAAACCACAACCUCCAUGAGUCUGAGAUGGGACCACGCUCCAGGCCGUGUGCAGAACUACAAGAUCACAUAUGUACCAGUCGCAGGCGGCAGGACCCAGUCAACUCAAAUAGGCGGCAAGAAGAACACAGUGACGCUGCAGAAACUCACUCCCGAGACAACUUACUCUCUCACGGUGACAGCUGUUUACGGCACUGGAGAAGCCCUGGACUUAAAUGGGGAAGGAACCACAAAGCCUCUGGGCGGCGUGAGAAACCUUCAAGUCACAGACCCCACCACCAGUACUCUGAAGGUGAGCUGGGAGCCGGCCGAGGGCAAUGUCCGCCAGUACAAGAUCUACUACGUACCUGCCGCAGGCGGUGUUGAGGAAACGGCUCAGGUUUCUGGAAAUACAACCACCACCGUUCUGAGGAACCUCAUGCCCGACACCCUCUACACCGUCACCGUGGCACCCGUGUACCCUCAGGGAGAGGGCAAGCGAAUGUCUGAGAACGGAAAGACAUUGGAACGUUACCCUCCCAGAAACCUCCAGGUUUACAACCCCACCACAAACAGCCUGGAUGCACGCUGGGAGGCUGCCUCCGGUGAGGUCCUGCAGUACCGCGUGGUCUUUGCCCCCCUGAGAGGAGACCGUCCCGCGGAGUCUGUGUUGGUGCCAGGAAACACUCUCACCACGCCCUUGGAGCAGCUCACCCCAGACACCGACUACUCGGUCAGCGUGGUUGGCCUCUACGCUGACGGGGAAGGCCCUGCUGUGAGCUCAAAUGGCAAAACACUGCCACGCAGUGGGCCCAGGAACCUCCGUGUCUAUGACCCGACCACCAGCAGCCUGACAGUCAGCUGGGAGCAUGCUGAGGGGCCUGUGCAACAAUAUCGUAUUGGCUACGCACCCACCACUGGAGACCCCAUUGAGGAAUUUGCUGUUGUCCCUGGGAACCAGAACAAUGCAAUCCUGCCCAAUCUUCAGCCUGAUACACCUUACAAAAUCAACGUGGUUGCCAUCUACCCCGACGGACCUGGAGGAGAGCUGUCUGGAGAUGGCCACACAUUGGGCCUGCUGGCACCCCGGAACCUGCGUGUUUCCGAUGAGUGGUACACGCGCUUCAGGGUGUCCUGGGACGCUGCCCCUUCCAAAGUUAAGGGAUACAAACUGGUCUAUCAGCCAGAAGGAACUGAUGAGUCCAUGGAGACCUUUGUUGGAGAUGUGACCACCUACCAUCUGCACAACCUGAAGCCUGGCACCACUUACGAUCUGAAACUGUACGCUGAGUAUGAGGCUGGCUUGAGUGGAGUUCUGCCUGGACAAGGAACUACUCUGUACCUGAAUGUGACUGAUCUUGUGACGUACAAUGUUGGGUACGACUCCUUCUGCAUCAAAUGGACACCACACAGAGCAGCUACCUCUUACAGACUCAAGGUCAACCCAUUCGACCCUUCAAACAGUGGCGCCCAGGAGGUAACCAUCACAGCAGCGGAGAGCCAGUACUGUUUCGAUGGGCUGACUCCAGACGCCCUGUACAAUGCCACCGUCUUCACCCAAACCCCCAACCUGGAGGGCCCUGGAGUCAGUGUCAAGGAGAGAACCCUGGUCAAGCCCACAGAAGCACCAACCGAGCCCCCAACCGUACCUCCACCACCCACCAUCCCUGGUGCCCUGGAGGUCUGCAAAGGUGCCAAAGCUGACCUGGUGUUCCUCAUCGAUGGCUCCUGGAGUAUUGGUGAUGAGAGUUUCGCCAAAGUCAUCCAGUUUGUCUUCAGUAUGAUCGGCUCCUUUGACAUCAUCAACUAUGAAGGCAUGCAGGUGUCUUUCGUGCAGUACAGUGAUGAGGCGAAGACCGAGUUCAAGCUGAACACUUACCAGGACAAAGGAAAGGCCCUGGCGGCUCUACAGCUGGUUCGCUACAGAGGAGGAAACACAAAAACAGGUGCUGCUCUGAAGUAUGUCAGCGAGAAGGUCUUCACCUCAGACAGUGGCAUGAGAAGGCCCGUUCCUAAGGUCCUGGUUGUUGUCACCGAUGGACGUGCUCAAGAUGACGUGAAGAAGAGUGCAAUGAAAAUCCAGCAUUCUGGUUACAGUGUGUUUGUCAUCGGAGUUGCAGAUGUGGAUGUUGUAGAACUGAAAAACAUUGGAAGCAAGCCGAGUGACAGACAUGUCUUUGUGGUUGACGACUUUGAUGCUUUCACCAAGAUCCAGGAUAAUCUCAUCACAUUUAUCUGUGAAACUGCAACAUCAACUUGCCCAUUGAUCUACCUGGAUGGCUUCACAACACCUGGUUUCAGAAUGCUGGAGGCCUUCAAUGUAACUGACAAGACGUUCGCCGCCAUGAACGGAGUGUCCAUGGAGACAGGCACGUUCAACAGCUUCAUCACCUACAGAGUUCACAAGGACGCGUUCAUCUCUGCUCCAACAAAGGAGAUCCACCCAGACGGACUGCCACCAUCGUUCACCAUCAUUCUGCUCCUCCGUCUCCUGCCUGACACCCCAACUCAAGCUUUUGACAUAUGGCAGAUUGCAGAUGGAAACAACAAUCCAGAAGUUGGAGUCACUCUGAACCCCUCCAGCAAGGUUAUCUCAUUUUACAACAAGGACACCAGGGGUCAGCUUCAGACAGUUUCAUUUGAUAGUGACCCUGUGAAGAAGAUCUUCCAUGGGAGCUUCCACAAGCUUCAUAUCACAGUCACCCCGAAGAAUGUUAAACUGAACAUAGACUGCCAGGAGGUCGCCGAAAAAGAAAUCAAGGAGGCCAAGAAUGUCUCCACGGAUGGCUAUGAGGUUCUCGGCAAGAUGGCGAUGUCUGGUGGUGCUAAAAGGGAGUCUGCAACAUUCCAGCUCCAGAUGUUUGAUAUUGUCUGCAGCUUGGGCUGGACCACCAGAGACAGAUGUUGUGACCUGCCAGCUACGAGAGAUGAGGCCAAAUGUCCGGCUCUUCCCCACUCCUGCACAUGUGCACAGGAUAGCGUUGGUCCCCAGGGGCCCUCCGGUCCUCAGGGAGCCCCCGGCACCAAGGGCCCUCGUGGAGACCGAGGCGACUCAGGCCCUCCGGGUCCAAUUGGUCCACGUGGAGAGCAAGGACUCCUAGGUCCAAUGGGGCCACCUGGCCCACAAGGACCCAGUGGGCUGUCUAUUCCAGGAGAGCCUGGCCGGCCUGGACCAAAGGGAGAUGCUGGUGAUGCUGGAAUCUCUGGACGUAUUGGUCCCCCUGGUGUUACUGGCCCUGCCGGCCCUCCCGGACCGAAUGGAGGAAGGGGACAAGCAGGCCCAGAGGGCCCGUCUGGACCCCGAGGCUCGCCCGGACAAAUGGGAACCCCAGGAUCACCCGGAAUGCCAGGACCAUCAGGACAAACAGGGAAACAGGGAGAACCAGGAUUUCCUGGCCCACUGGGUAAUAAAGGAGAAAAAGGAGAUAAAGGAGAUGCUGCAUCCCAAAACAUGAUGCGCUCCAUUGCCAGACAAGUGUGUGAGCAGCUGGUCAACCGACAAAUGAGCAGAAUCGACAUGAUGCUGAACCAGAUCCCAAGUGGUCAACGAAGCAGCGCCUCAGGUCCUCCUGGGCCUCCCGGACCUCCUGGCAGUCAGGGCCAACGUGGAGAACCAGGCCAAGGUGGACGCAGCGGCUUCCCUGGAAACCCUGGUUUACAAGGAUCCCCGGGAGAGAGAGGAAUGCCCGGGGAGAAGGGUGAGAGAGGAACCAAUGGAGUUGGACAGAGAGGACAGAGAGGACCGGCUGGCCCACCUGGACCACAAGGCCAAUCGCAGACCGGCCCCCCUGGUCCUUCUGGCUCAUCUGGGGAGCGUGGUCAGUCUGGUCGGCAGGGAUCCCCAGGAGUUAGGGGACCACCAGGACCCCCUGGGUACUGUGACUCUUCUCAGUGUGUUGGCAUUCCUUACAAUGGACAAGGAGGAUAUCAGGGUACAGCAUAGUAAGCUUUCUAGAGCGCCUGUGCUGCUUACAGUUUGAAAACCUGAACAAAAGUUCUCCAGUUUCUGAGAUAGUAGCGCACGCGCUGAUGUGCCCUUAAGGAUAACCACCAUGGACAUGAUGAAUGAACAUUUGCUGAGCGACGUUAAAUCCAAGCCAAACAAACAAACAAACAAACAAACAAAGCAACAAGCAAACAAACCCCAGAGAGAAGUGGACUGGCACUAACAUCAUCUCACAGCUACUUUUUAAAACGAAACGGCAGCGUUGGCAACAUACGGUGGCCUGUUUGCAUCCCAAACCGUAGGAAACUGAGUUACAGAGCUUCCCCUGAUUUAAGGAGCAUGUCCAAUUACUAACAGUGGAUGUUGGAGCUGAGGCGAGGGGGGUGUCCAGUCAAACACUUUAGCUGCUAAAUCUCAGUGUGCUUUGUGAUAUUUAGUAGUUCAAAUGCAUGAUUGCAUUCCCCUCUGAGACCAAACAUUUCAGCCUGGAAGACUUACCUGUAAAUAAACUAAUUGUGCCUUGUAAAUGAUGUUUGAAUAAAAAAAAGAUAAACCUUAAGUUAACACCUCAAUCAGAGCUUGUGCCUUUUAACUCGCUGCUUGCUAACUGCCAACUUAACCUCCUUUUGUUAUUUUUGCCUUGAGUGAUGUAAACAGCCUUUGCUCAGGUUCCCAAUGUAGCAUGUGCCCAUUUGUACAUGUAACCAUGGAAACAUCUUUGUAUUUGCAUAACUGGUGCACAUUAGGUCACAUCUUGUCAUUUUAUUUGUGUUUAUUCUUGUUUUAUUUUGUAUUAAUUCAUGUGUUCAUGUUAUACCUCAAUAUGAUAUGAGGGUGGGCCUUGAUGGCUCCCAGGGAACCAAUGGCUGGUGGUUAUCUUCACAAGAACUUUAAAUAUUCUAUGUAUUUUUUAAGUAAAACUAUUCUUUUUUAACAAGAUUCUUUUAGGAAAUGUCUCUUAGAUUGAGAUUAUUAAGGUUUUUAAGUGAGCAUGAAUCCUUUUUUUAAGUUUUAUUUUGUAAUUAUAUGAAAACGAGAUGAUGAAUGUUUCUCCAUAUACUUUACUAAAUGAUGUGUGUUUACAGUACACACUACAUUGACAGUUCGUGCAUGCAAAGAAUCCCAAACUAAGUUUAUGUUCAAUUGGACAACCCACUAUCUCCAACCAGACGGUUACCAGCCUGAACCCAACAACCGUGUAGUGCCCAUACCCGAGGGAGCAACUGACGAUUUUGAGACAGAAAUACAAUCCCCCGGUUAUUUACAAAACCAGCGUGGAAAGAGAUCUCUAUCAAGAGAGGAGACAGAGAGGAUAGAAUCAUAA